GUGAGUUUUGAUUGGGUAAUGAGAGAGGUCCGGGGGAAAUUUCGGUGAGGAUAGUUUUCUUCGUGCAAGAUUUAGGAAGUCUCCGGAGGGCGAAAUAUUGGGGUGAGAAGUCUCAAGGAGCAAACCAUUCGAGACCUAUCGCUUCUACAAUAACAAUAUGUCCAAAAAGCAUGAGCUAUCCCCAUGGCUCGUCCCUGGCAAUCCCCAACUUUUUGGAUUCUAUCAGUGGACAGAGGCACGUAGGCGGACAAAGAAUCAUGACCAGAGUAAACCGAGACGAUCUGUCAGAUGUCUCGUGGAGAAGGAGGAUUAUCAGGCACCACUUGCCAUGACAGAUAUCGAUCCCGGCUAUUUCAUUGAUCUCACCGGGCGGCCAAUUAGGGAGAAAUUCUCAGGAAGACGAUAUGUUGAGCAGGCGAGGCAAGUGCUUCGCGCUAGACUACUCGCCGGAUUUGCUCGGGAUGACUGUAUGAGGAUUGACCGACAGUUCGCAGAGGAACGACGGCGAUUCGCUAAUAUAGAGAAGAAAAAUCGGCGGUACGUCACAGCCUUUGAGGACUAUCUCUCCAAGGAUCAUGAAUCGAGUAUGGAUAUCUUGACAGAAGCUGACAGAGAAGCGAAGAGGACGAAUGCCCUGGUUGGUGUACGCGACCAGUUAUCCAAGGAUUUCGGGCAGAUUCGUUUGGAGGUUUAUCAGUUAGAGGAAAUGUGGAGAUUAGCGAAGGCUUGCUAUGACUUUGUCAGCAAAAUUUCGAGUAAAAAUCGGGGAUCGUUAAUAUCUCAGGAGAUUGCCCGGGAGAAUGAGAAGAAACCGUCAAAGGUGAGGGCUGAGGAAGUGCGAGACGAAUUAAUGGUGCUCAUAGAGGCAUUCGAGAGGGACGUCGAUCAGUUGGAAACCCCAGAAAUUUCAUUAAUUGACCCCAGAGCAUUGAGCAAAGAAUUCAACUCGAUGGAACUUCGAAACUUGGAUGCCAUGAUUCAUUUGGAGUCUCUGGCUGGACCGAUGCAAGAAAUGGCCUCGAAUAUGACCAGGGCACAAGAGCGGGUUGAGAGGGAGAUUGGAUUGAUCGAGGAGAAUCUGCAAAAUCUUCAGUCGCAUAUUGAAUUGAGCGAACAGCGAGCCGAUAAACUCGAGAAAUACGCGGAUUAUCUUCUCCACCGAGUCUUCAGAGAGCUAGUGUGCUCCGAAUCAGUUUUACAGCUGCGCGUAUUCAUUGAGGACACUUACGAGAGCUGCAUCGGUCGGAAUGACGCAAGCCUCGAUAGCUAUAUGAUGAUGAGGACCAUCGAGAAGACUUAUGAGUAUCUCAACAUGGCUCUGGACAAUCUUCCGCAUGACAUUGUCCGGCAGUGUGAAAAAGAAGGAUUUACGCAGGAGAUGAGGACUUUAAGAGAGGCGCAGGAGGCUGCUAAGAAGUUUGACUUGAUGCACCGGCUUCUUGACGCCCUCCGUCGAAUAAUGGAACCGACAAUUCUCAAGCCUCGCCCGAAUUCCCUUCCCAAGUCAACAAUCAUCCGAAAAAAGAAGAGCACUUCAUCAAAAGUUCUCCCACGAAAAUCUCGUGCCCCCGCAUUGUUCAUUAAUAAAUGUGAAUCCAACGCUCGCCACCUCGAUGAUUUAAAUUUUGAGGAAAUAAGCCCCGAGAAUAAACCAGAAGGAGGUGCCCAAGUAAUUGAUGAAAAUUACAGUGACUGUCGGGAAGAAAUGUCGUGAUUCUCGCCUACGCUUUCUUCAUACUGACGAGUCACAACUUUCUGCAAAUAGGAAAUUGUUCAUUCUUCGUUGUUAACGAGAAAAGCCUAGUCAUUUGUUUGUGCCGAGUCUCCAUCGCUUCAUAAUGAUACGAUGAUUUUUUUUCGUGUGAGUUUUUUCUACCAUAAUGGUUAAAAUUGAGGGGAAGAGAAUUAUGGGAUGAGUGCGUGGCCAGCCACGUGCGGAAAAAGGAAAUGGAUCGAUUCACGUGGGUGGUUUUUUUUUCUCUCUUGACGCCGAUGUAUUAUGAAAACAUAAAUUUAUUAUCGACUGUAAAAGGUCAGAUUGAUUUUUUUCUCGUGUCGUAA